AGAGAAGGAGACGUUCGGGUAACCAAGUCCAACAUGUCGUUUUCGAUGGGUGAAGGUUCGCGUUUGUCCUACUACAUAGACUACACAACGAACGAAGACCAGGGCUCGCUGCACACUCUUACACUGGCUGUGAAGAAUGCGGCACUCCACACAUCGCUCUACAGCCACAAGCUCAUAGAGGCCCACAGCAUGAGCGUCAGUCUGGACAUGCCGUCUCCACGUCGCUUCAAUGCUCUACGCACGUGGAAGCUGGAUAUAGUGCUGCAGGUGCCUGUGAUCAACCUGUUGCGUGCUCACCAUCCUUACUUUAACAAGCUGUCGUCGUCGUGGAACUUCAACGACUGCGGCACACAGUACACACACGUGCCCGUUGUCUAUGACGUUCAUGUCGCAUUGGUCGAUUUCAGCGUGCUCUUCAACAUCAAUGAC